AUGGCCUGGCUGCUCUGCAUCUGCUACGUCCUGGUCUGCUGCCCGCUGCUGCUGCAGGGCAAAGCUUCAGAGUACCAGCUGGAGGCAGAGACCCGGAGCCAAUGUGAGUUGCUAAGGGGCGUGGCUGUUGCCAACCAACAAGGCGACGCCCCUCACUGUACGGAGGAUGGGAGGUUCAGGCCGGUCCAGUGCAGUCGUCGGGGUCAGGAGUGUUGGUGUGUGGACGCUGAAGGACAGGAGGUGGCCGGGACUCGAACCAACGGCUCCACUCCUCACUGCGCGUCUCCCUGCCAGCUCCAGUCCGUCCUGCGUUGUUCUCCCUCCGGCCUCUUUGAGUCUGUUCAGUGUGACUCCAGCAGGGGGCAGUGUUGGUGCGUGGAUCAGGACGGUAUGGAGCUCUACGGGACGAGGCAGAGCGGGACACCUCAGCGCUGUCCAGGCAGCUGCCAGGUGAGCCCCGUUCAGUGUCAGUUCAUCAACAUGACAGACAGGAAACAGCUGGACCUGCUGCACGCCUUCAACAGGUUCCCAGAAGCCUUUGAGACUUUCAGCAGCUUCAGGAAGUUUUUCCCGAUGGUGUCCUCCUACUGUUUCUGUUCCGACAGCCGUGGCCGAGAGAUGGACAAGACCGGUGUGGAGCUCCUCCUCUCUGAGGUGUAUGACUCAGCGUUCUCUGGUCUGCGCUCCGGUCGCUCUGUCUCUCAGACGAACAUCUACAGAGUCCUGCAGAGGAGGAUGCUGGGAGUCCGCCUGGCCCUCACUGGACACUUCAGAUGCCCCUCCCCCUGUGAAGAGGAGCGGCGAGCAGCGAUGGAGGCGUCCAGCGUUUGGGUGCCGUCCUGUGAGGAAGGCGGAGCCUUCAGCUCCAAACAGUGUCAUCAGGGAGGGCAGUGCUGGUGUGUCGACCCCACAGGGAGGGGGGUUCCUGGGACCCGGCAGCUGGGGGACUCCCUGGUCUGCAGUUCAUCUCCCUCUGACUGCCCGUCUCAGCGCCGCCUGGCUUUGUCCCGCCUUCUCUCUGGUCCCGCUGAUACUCCUCUCAGUGCCUCCUCUGUCAGCGAUCCGUCCUCCUGCCUCCCUCUCCUCCGUCCUCUCAGAGAUCUCCUCCCAGUGGAGGCAGAUCUGAACAACUUCUUGUCUCAGCUGGUCCAGGUCCUCCACGGUCUCUUCCCCUCGGUGGGCGGAGCUCUGCAGGCUCUGGCUCGCUCCUCGCCUCGCCGCUUCCAGGAGAAUCUGUUUGGAGGGAAGUUCCUGAAGAGCGCUGCCUCCUUUAACUUCAGCGGGGCAGUGGGAGCUCAGGGAGCGCUCGGUCUGGGCCACCUGUCCUCUCCCGGCGUCUCCUUCAGCCUCCGGAGGAACCGCCAGCUGGUGGAGUCUGUGAGCAGGGCUCUGGAGGACCCAGCCUUUCUCUCUGCUCUACAGCAGACCCUGAGGGGGCGGAGCCUCUCAGCAUCACUAGACCAGGUUCUGGUUCCUCUUCUGCGCUCCUGCUCUGGAGGCGAGAAGGUCGACUUCAUCCCCAGCUGCUCGCCCAGCGGGGGUUUCCAGGAGGUCCAGUGUCAGGGGGCGGAGUGCUGGUGCGUGGACUCUCAGGGUCAGGAGGUGGAGGGGUCUCGUACUACGGGGCGUCGCCCUCGAUGUCCGUCCCGCUGUGAACGAGAGCGAGCGACGGCGGUGAAGGUGAAAGCAAACAUGGCCGCCGGUGCUGAAAUCCACAUCCCGGCGUGCUCCGAGGACGGAGACUUCCUGCCGCUGCAGUGUGUCGGAGCACGCUGUUUCUGUGUGGACGCCGAGGGGAAAACCAUGGCUGCUGGGCCAACAGGGGGCGCUGUUUCCUGUCCAGAGAGAAAAACGCCGCCGCUUCAGUCGUCUUCAGGUUUGUGCUCUCGAGCGUUAGCCGACGUCGCCGCCUUCAGACAGGAAGUGAAGAGCGUGAUUGCUUUCUCUAACUCCACCCAUCUCCCCCUUGGAUAUGGAUUCUUAUUGGCUGAAAGUCUGCGUCUGACCCCAGAGGAGCUCCAGAUCAGCCAAUCAGAGGAGGAGCUGCAGAUCUCUGAUAGGCUGCUGAGCCGCUCCAAAGCUGCUCUGCGAUUGGCUGUUUUCUCCACUCUCCAGACGUUCCUGCCUCCUCAGCGCCGUUCAUACGAGCCGUUUACUCCACAGUGCGAUGCUGACGGACUCUGGCUGCACACGCAGUGUUACCGCAGCACAGGUCAGUGCUGGUGUGUCCAUGAGGAUGGAGAGUACAUCCCUGACUCUCUGAGGAGCCGCUCGCUGCAGCUGCCUAAAUGUCAGACCGGCUGCCAGCGCGCCCAGGCUCACACGCUGCUCUCUGGUUGGAUGAGAGGAUCUGACAUCACAGCGGAUUCACCGUACAGCCCGCGGUGUGAGGAGGACGGUCGUUUUUCAGUGCUGCAGACAGAGGGCGCUGCAGGCUGGUGUGUAAACCCUCAGACUGGACAGACGAUGCAGGCGGCAACACCUGGACCAAACGGACAGUUGACCUGUCCCAGCUGGUGUGAGCUGAAAGGUUCCCAGUGUCGCCCCGAUGGCUCCUUCAUCCCUCUGCAGUGUGAUGUCACUUCCUGUUGGUGCGUCUCUGAAGAUGGACAGGAAGUGGGCGGGACCAGGACACUUCGGCAGACAGGAAGUUUGCCUUCUUGUGACCGUCCUCUCUGUCCCAACUCCAUUACCCAUGGUGCACUGGUGUGCCGCCCUGCUGUCGAUGGUCGUCAGAGCUGUGACCUGGUCUGUCACCAUGGUUACCAGAGCUCUCUUCCUGUCAGCAGCUUCCAGUGUGAGACUGAGAGUGGGCGAUGGAUGGGAGACAACGGGCCGCUGAGAGGAGCCUGUCAGAUCCCUCAGCCUCUGCAGUCGGUGGCGUCCUCUCAGCUGUGGUUGUUGUCGUCGUCUUGCUCUCAGGUCAGCGAUGUACAGACGCUGCUGUUAAACAGCAUGAGGAGCACGGGGAUCAGCUCUCUACAGCUCCCAUCAGGCCGCUCCGUGUCGGUGGGGGACGCCUCCUCGCUCAGUCUGCAGUGUGACGGCGAUGACACGCUGAGGCUGACCAUCACCUUUAAGGCGGACCUGUCUGAUCUUCCGACCUCAGAGCUCCCUGACCUCCAUGAUGUCAGUCUGUUCCUGAAUGAGACCAAACUCCUGGAGGGAGUGCAGGGAGUUAUGGGUAAUAUUCGCUCCAUGCUGACAUCAGAGCCCAAACUGGUUUCAGGGAAGACACCAACGUUUGGCUGUUCUCGUGGUUUCCGCCUGGCUGAGGGCGGUGACGGCUGUCUCGUCUGUCCUGCUGGAACAUUCUCCAGGGAGGGGGCGUGUCUUCUGUGUCCCCAGGGAACCUAUCAGGAUGAAGAGGGGCGGGACUUCUGCAACAAGUGUCCCGCAGGCUCUUCCCCUGUUGGAGCAUCAUCUGUCAAUCAAUGUGUGACCGAGUGUCAGAGGCGGGGUCUGCGCUGUUCAGAGGAAGGCCGCUUCCUGCCAGCACAGCCUGACUUCCUAUCCGGCAGGUGGUUGUGUGUUAGCAGCAAGGGGGCGCGGAUUGAGUGGACGAGCAGUGAGAAACCUCUGACGGAUGCAGAAUGCUCAGUUCUCAGCAGGUUUGAGGCGGUUCCUGGGUCAGAUGUUUCUGUUGGAGCAGAGGACGCUGACGUGCUGCAGACCAUGACCUCUGACCUCACUUCCUGUGUCAAAGCGUGUGCAGCAGAGCUGUCCUGCCACCAUGUGGCGCUCUCCAACAGACAGACUCAGUGUGAGCUGUAUAGCACCCACACCCUCAACACACAGUGCAACACCUCUGUGCAGACCAGUGGGUUUCUGGGUAAUCCCCAGGCAGAGCUGUUUGAUUGGAUGAGCUGCUCUGUGAGAAUAAGGGGCGGAGCUUCAGAUGUACAGGUCAUCAGGAAGAAAGGGGCGGAGUUUUCCUUACGUCAGCAGCAGCAGAGUUUCGUGAGGAUGUCGGUGAAGAAGGCAGACUCAGGCGUGUUCAGGACUCAGGUGUUCUCCUCUCUGCUCUGUGGUUGGCUGAGAGCUCCGUCAGUCUUGAUGUGCGAGGACCAGGACUGGGAUGUGACCGGGCAGGGAAAAGCCAAUCGUAUCUGUGGGGCGGGGCUUACGUACAACGAGCAGCAGAAGAGCUUUGUGUUUGACUUCGGAGGACAAAAGUUCACCAUCACUGAUUCUGCUCUGCCCGGCGACAGCAAGAACAAGAAGGACUACCAGGCCUCCAUCGUCACCUUCCAGGCCGUCUACCUGAGCACAGAUAGAGCAGCUGUUGGUUCUUCUUCCUGCUCAGCAGCAGAGCUCAGUCCUCCCCUGGAUGCUUCGGUUCAGCAGAAGUUUGAGUCUCUAUCAGAAGACGACGUUCUGGUGGAUCCUCAGAGGAACCUCUCCGUCCUCUCCUUCCUGCUCAACAAGAAUAACUACAACUCCCAGCAGGCUUUGCUCUGGUGCCUCACACGCUGUGAUUCAGAGCCGCUAUGCUCCAUCGCUGACCUCAGAGACUCGGACUCACCUGGAUUUUUCAGGUGCUCUCUGACGCCAGACAGCAGAGUGUGCGGCGCUUACGACAAACCUCUGAGACGCCCCUGUCCCCUCCUGCUGGACCGAACACCUAAAAACACCUACAGCAAGAAAGUGGAUCUUUCCGGAGCUGUGAAGAGUUUCUAUGAGAGGGUUUCCUUCCAGAAGAUGGUUUCUUAUUCUGUACGCAGCCGAGUCAGCGUGGCGGGAAACACUCCGCUGUCUGACGGGUUCAGGGAGUGUGAGCGGCGCUGUGACGAGGAUCCUUGCUGCCGUGGAAUCGGCUUCAUCAGAGAUGCCCAAUCACCAGGUGGUCCAGACGUGGUCUGCCUGUCUCUGAUCAGUCUGGGCGUUCAGACCUGUGGUGAAGAUGACGCCACCAUGUGGAGGAGCCAGGACUGUGCACCGUCUGCCGUGAAGACCUCACCAGACCCCUUCGGAUGGUACCAGAAACCCGUGAAUCAGUGGACUUCCUCUCCGGCUCUCUGUCCUCCGUUCAAGCUGCCGCCACUGAAGAACAAGGUGUCUCUGGAUCAGUGGCGUCUCCUCUCUGAGUCUUCGGUCCUCAUCGACCCGUCCGUCUCUACCUAUGAUGUCAUUCACGUGAGCCAAGACGUCGCCACAGACCAGGACAAGACCAGGGACUGGUGUCUCCAUGCCUGCCAGGAGGCGGAGUCUUGUGUGGCCACCUCUCUCAGUGAGGUGGAGUCUAACACUCGCUGCAUCCUCUACCCCGACACCACGGCCUGUGGACUAAGCUCCGCCCCCUCCUCAAACAGCCCCUCCUCCUCUUGCAGACUGGUCAUUAGAGAGCCCGCCCCCCUGGUGUACCUGAGAACAGAGCGGUUGCCGUCGGUUACCUUCAUCUCCAUCCCAGGCCACGGCACGCUGCAGGGUGUUGCCGUGGAAACAACGCUUGGCUCAGACAGGAAGUCAGUGGUUCAGUUCCUGGGAGUUCCGUACGCCCGUCCACCAAUCGGAUCGCUCCGCUUUGAAGCAGCUCAGCCGCCUGAUUGGACAGGAGCCUGGGACGCCACCAAGCCCCGUCCCAGCUGUAUUCAGCCCGGUGACGUGGAGUCUGAAGCCUCCAGCGAGGAUUGUCUCUACCUCAACAUCUUCACACCUGCCACCCAGAGGGUGCGUCUCCCAGUCCUGGUCUUCUUCUUUAACCCUUCAGCCAAUCAGAGCCCUGGACUCUUGGAUGGCUCCACCCUCGCUGCGGUGGGUAAUGUUGUCGUGGUGACAGCCAGUUACAGAGCUGCAGCGCUGGGAUUCCUCAGUGCAGCAGGUUCCUCUGGUCUGAAGGGAGAUUACGGACUGUCAGACCAGGAGGCGGUGCUUCGCUGGGUUAACGCCCACAUCUCUCUGGUUGGUGGAGACAGCGGUAGAGUGACUGUGGGGGCGGAGCGACGUGGAGCGGACAUCGCCAGCCUUCAUCUCCUCUCCUCCUCUUCCUCCUCUCCUCUGUUUCAGAGGAUGAUGCUGAUGGGUGGAUCCGCGUUUUCCCCGUCACUGAUUCAGACUGCGUCCGCCGCCAGACGCCAGGCACUUGAACUAGCCAAAGAGCUGGACUGUGACAUCACCAGCGAUGAUAAGAUUGCUGCCUGCCUUAGAGCGACACCUGUGCACACGCUGAACGCCGCUCAGACCAAGCUGUUGGCGGUCAGCGGUCCGUUCCAGGCCUGGUCCCCGGUCCGUCAGUCGCUCUCUCAGUCGUCCUUCCACAGAGUCGACCUGCUGCUGGGAACGUCAGAGCUGGACGGUCUGAUCAGCCGAGCUCGCCGGAUUAAGGACUUUGAGGCUCUGCAGGGCCGAGCCGACGGUAAAACGGCGUUCUACGAGGCUCUGACUCGCUCGCUGGGUGGAGCCACAGGAAGUGACAUGCUGAAGGAGGCGGCGUCCUGGUUCUACUCUCUGGAUCACAGCCCGUCAGCCGCUGGAUACAGCCUGUUCUCCAGGGCGCUCAACAACGCCACCAGAGAUCUGUUCAUCGUCUGCCCCAGUCUGCAGAUGGCUAACCACUGGGCUAGCAGCAACGCUAACGUCUUCCUGUACCACCAGCCAGCCUCAGACCACAGGGCUGAUGUUUCCGUUCCCAUGGAUGUUCAGUUGGUGUUCGGGACUCCUCAUCAUCCAAUGAGCUCUCAGCGAUUCACCUCGUCUGACCGACGCCUCUCUCUGGCCAUGAUGAGCUACGUCUCCAGCUUCAUCCGCACCGGGAACCCAAAUCCAUCACCAGUGUGGGCGGAGUCAGCUCUCCCCCGCUGGCGGCAGCUCCUUUCCUCUGAGGCGACGCCCACCUACCUGCAGCUAAGCCCCGCCCUCCGGCAUCAGCAGGGUCUGAGACAGAGCGCCUGCUCGUUCUGGAACGGUCUGGGGAGAAGACUGAGCGCUUUGAGCGGUGAUUUGGGGGCGGAGUCCGUCCAGCCCACAUUGCCCCUUGUGCCCCCCGUGGCCGCCCCAUCUAGCCAAUCACAGACGGAGAAGGACGCCUACAGCUGAACUGAUGACAUCAUCACCUUCCUGUCUUCAUCUUCAUCUUGAUCAUUUCUAAACUUCUGUGCUCAA